AUAUGCUUUACUUAGAGCUAAUUUCAACAUAGAAGAAUGGCAAUACGCAAUAACCAUAUGUUCUAAAGUUCCUGGUCAAUGUAUAAAAACCAUAACUAACUGGGUCUGGGAAAGUGCUCGAGACAAUAGUACCCUACUAGCUUAUUUGCAAGUCGGUCAAGAAGUAUGCCAACAUUACUAUAAUGGCUUAAUGCAGUCAUCAGUUGUGAUAAAGGAGCAUGCAAAAGCAACUUCUAAUAUUCAACAACUCAAUGCUAAUACUUUAGAUCUAGAGGCUAAUACAAGACAUCCAAGUUCAAGAAAAUAUAUCAAAACAAAUGAAGAUGACAAUAAUAAUAUUAUUAUUAUUGGUAGUAAUGAAGAUACAGAACUCGAUAGUUUGCUGCAAAAGCUCAAAGAAUUAUAA